AUAAAUAGAUUUUUUCAAUAUUUGUAAUUGUAGAAUGGAUGAAAUAUUAAUUAAACCUGAUCCGGAUUCUUUUAAACCACAUGAGCAAUUUGACUUAAACGGAACAAAUUCUGACGAUGAUAUAAUGGAAGAUGAUGAUUCCCGCGAACUGGGUUUAGCAAUUGAAGAAAAUAUUAGAGAUCAUAACACAGAGUUAAUUAUUUCGUCUAAUUCAAUAGAUAUUAAACAAGAAGAUAUACUUGAUUUAGGGUCCGAUAUUAUUUUACCGCAGAUAUCGCAAAACCAAACGGUGAGUUCUCCAAAACCAAAAAAAGAUAUCAAGACUAAAAGAGAAUUGGAAGAGGAAGAAAGAGAAAAGAUGCAGGUUUUAGUUUCCAACUUUACUGAAGAUCAACUAGACCGUUAUGAAAUGUACAGAAGAGCCGCAUUUCCAAAAGCUGCAAUUAAAAGGUUAAUGCAAACAAUUACUGGCUGCUCUGUAUCUCAGAAUGUGGUCAUUGCAAUGGCUGGAAUUGCAAAGGUGUUUGUAGGAGAAGUAGUUGAAGAAGGUCUCGAUGUGAUGGAAGAACAAGGCGACUCGGGGCCAAUCCAACCGAAGCAUCUUAGGGAAGCGGUAAGAAGGAUGCGACACUAUGGGGGCAUUCCAAGUGGUAGAGAUUAUAGGACGCAUUAUAAAAUUUAAGCAAUAAAAUUGUGUUUGUGUGAAUAUGAAAGUGACCUCUUUAUCAAUUGGACUGAUUAGAAACUGAAUGAUGUGUUAGUUCUUAAGUUAUAGUUGUAUUAGUGUGGUAAAUUUUGAUACAAAUUCUAUGUUAAUUAAUAAAAUUUCUUACUAUCCGUUGAAAAAUAGGGUAUUUUUAUUUAAUUUUUUAAGGUCAUUUUAAUUAGUAUCCAUUAAAUCGGUGAAUAUUUUUUUUCAACAAGUAAGAC